UCGGCGGGCAACCUCCGAGGCAGGACAGCGCGCCGGAGCAGCGCCGCCGGGCGCGCCACCAGCCGCAGCCACGGCCACGACCACGCUCUUCCGACCGGGCGCCGACUGCUCCUCCAGUCCCCCGCUGCUCAAGAUUGGCUCGGUACAUGCCCAGCAAUCGUCGUCUCAGCGAGCCCAGCAGCAGUCGUCGCCGACAACCCAGCAGCAGCAACAGCAGCAGCAGCAGCAGCAGCAGCAGCAGCAGCAGCAAGCAGCGCGGGAGGCUCAGGCGACUCAGUUGGCAGCGGCGGCGGCGGCGGCGGCGGCGGCGGCGGCGGCUGCAGCGGCGGCCAGCGGCGCGUCGGCAGCGGCGGCAGGAGGCCCAGGGGCGGCAGCGGCCAGCCGGGCGGCGAGCGGCGCGGGCAUGUUCUGCUACCACUGCCCCUCGGGCCUGCCGGCUCCGAGGCUGCCGCCUUCCCUCGAGUACCCCUUCGCACCCACUCAUCCAUAUGCCAGCUACUCGGCCUACCAUCCGGCCUUGCACGGCGUUGGCGAAGACUCGUUCGUGCGGAGAAAACAGCGGCGAAAUCGAACGACCUUCUCGCUGAUGCAGCUGGAAGAGCUCGAAAAGGCAUUCGCGCAAACGCACUAUCCAGAUGUGUUCACCAGGGAGGAUCUGGCGAUAAAAAUCAAUCUCACCGAGGCUCGAGUACAGGUGUGGUUUCAAAACAGACGGGCCAAGUGGCGCAAGAGUCAGCGCCUGCAGGAGGAGCAGCGCAAGCGCGAGGGCGCGAGCUCGAAUCCAAGCGAGUCGUCGAACCCAAGCGGCGGCCAGCAAGCGAGCCAGCAGCACGACUCGGGCCUGACGUCGGACGACGCGCCGGGCAAUCAGGAGGCGCUGAGCGGUUCGCGUAGUCCGAGCACGACGUCGACGUCGGUGAGCCCACGGCCAGGACUCCACGGUGGACCGACACCUUCGUCGGCCUCGCCGCAGCCUCGACUGACGCCUCAGCCGAUCUCCCAGCACUCCACGCCGACGCAGCAGCAGCAGCAGCAGCAGCAGCCGUCGAGUCUGGACUCGCAACAGCAGCAGCAGCAGCAGCAGCAGCCGGGUCUAGCUGCGACAGCCGGAAGUGGACCGCCCGCCGAGAGCCCUGUGAGUGCCGGACCGGGAGGCUUCCGACCGGUCGAGACCACGGCCACCUCGCUGUUCUUCUCGCCACACCUGGCGGCGCAGUUCUCGCCGCCGCUGUUCGCCUCCAAGUUCCAAAUGGCAGCCGGCAGCCCGGUGAGCUCGCUCGUGUCGGCGGCGAGCUCGAGCGCGCCGUCGCUCUGGAGCACGGCCAUGGAGUCGUCGUCGAGGGCGAGCAGCCUGCAGGAGAUGCUGUCCUGGUCGCCGGCCAGCUGGGCGGCGGCGGGCUGCACGAGCUCGCUGUGCGGCUGCUGCAAGAGCGCCGGCGGCAGCAGCAGCGAGCAGCAGCGCAGCAGCAGCCUGGCGGAGCUGAGGCGCAAGGCCCACGAGCACAGCACGGCCUCUGCGCUGCUCGGCGGCCUCGCCAGCGCCGCCGGCUUCCACUUCCCGGCGCUGCCGCUGCCCCUGCUGCCCCCGCUGCUGGGCUUGUCGCGGCCCAGGCCCGAGCCCGCGGCCCACCACCUGGCACACCUGCAGCCGGCCGCCAAGGAGGAGCCCUAGGUCGCCGGCACUUGGCGCGCCACGCUGGGGACGGCGAGAGCGCGGCCCGAUGUACCAUACCGAUAGCCGACUGGCCGACGCGCGGCCACGGCUGUCCAUAGAGAGCAUAGCGUAGCCCGUAGCCACGCACCGGCGCGCCCGAGAAUCGUAGCCUUUGCAUCGUCGCGGUGACGUUCGGACGAAGCAAGUGGUCGUGCUGCCGAGGACGAGCCGGCGUCCCGUUGCGCGAGUGCGCAGCAGCGUCGGGCGCGCCAAGGCUCGUUGGCAAUCAAUGCGCCUCACAAGAAAAGCCGCGCUCGGCUCCGCUGCCCCUUCCUCGGCCAGCCGCCGGAAGAGAGAGAGAGAGAGAGAGAGAGAGAGAGAGAGGCGCGCGACGAAGGGGUACGUCUCGGCGAGAAGGGGCUGCGCGAGAGGAGAGCGCGCGGGCUCGGCGCGGCCAAUGGGGAUAGAGGCGCCAUUGAUCGGCACGUGCCGAGGCGCUUCGGUUCGCCACCCGUCCGCCGCGCCCCACCAGCUCCUCCGCCGCGCGAUAUGGCGGAGGUACUCCAUCGAGCACGCACACUCCGUUACACUUACUGCUAAACCGUAUUAAUCAACGACAUCGCGGAUUUAGCCCCGCGCCGGCGCGCCGAGACAAAGCGCCGGCGCUGCCGGCUCUUUCUUUUCGCCUCCCCCCGGGCCAGCUCAACGACGCGCGGCUUCCGAUUUCCACUGCUACGGCCCUCCGCCUCCCGCGCGAUCCUCCGCGCGACUGAGCGCCCUGCUGAUUUCGCUCCCGCCUGCUCCGACGAGCUAUUCUGCCGCGCGUCCGUCUCCGCGACUCCGCCGAUUGCUCCUUUUUUCCACUGGCUCUGAUUAAAUUACUGGCCCCCGUAAAUUGUCCCCCGACUGGACUGACAGCAGGCCCCUUUCUCUCUCGUUGCUUUCUCAAUGCUCUGGGCUCGUACGCGCGCCCAGCUUUAUGAAUCUUCGUAGGGCAAACGCGAGACAAGCAGCUCUUACACCUUUCGCGCAUUCGUUCGGGAAGCGUCGUUGAUUUUCAUGUCACGCAAAACCACGUAGAAGACAAUAAUAUUUUUAAAAUAUUCGUGUCACCUUUAACUAGCUGUAUAAGAAAGGAUAAGUGUAAAAAAUUUUUGUAAAUACUACCACGACCUAAGUCUUAAAUAGAAAUUAGACGAUAAAAGAAUUCGUUGAAAUAGUUUAACCAUUACAAUUUAUAAAAUAUACAGUUUUCUCGCGUGCAAUAUAAUCUUAAAUAAUUUCACAACUUGUAAUAUAAAAUAUGUGUAA